AUGGAAAAUUAUCAAAUUGUAAAAAAGAUAUACUCAACUAAUACAGAAGAUAGAGUUGUGCUAUUAGUUGAGAGAGAUAGUAAAUAAUAUGCGAUGAAAAGACUCAACUUAGAUGAAGACAAUUAGAAAUAACAGGUUAUAUUUAAUGAAGUGAAAGUUUUAGAGAAUUUAGUUCACCCAAAUAUCAUAAAAUAUUAUGAGACUUUUCAGUAUGAGUAGAAGCUCUGUAUAGUUAUGGAGUACGCUGAAGGAGGCGAUUUAAAGAAACAAGUUACUGAGAAAUAGCAUAAAAAGGAAUUCUUUGAUGAAAGUCAGAUUUGGAAUAUGUUCUCUCAGAUUUGCCUUGCUGUCAAAUAUCUCCACGAUAACAAAAUUCUCCAUCGCGAUUUAAAAAUUCUUAACGUCUUCAUCUGCAAUAAUGGAUUAAUAAAAUUGGGUGAUUUUGGUGUAUCUAAAUAGCUUGAAAAUAAAGAUAUUCUUACCAGUACUCAUGUCGGAACUGCUUAUUAUCUUUCUCCUGAAUAAUGUAAUUAGCAUUCAUAUAACCACAAAGUUGAUAUUUGGAUGCUUGGAUGUCUUCUUUAUGAGCUAUGUACUCUUGAUAAGCCAUUCAAAAGCGAUAAUUUAUUAGGACUUAUAAAAUAAAUCACUCAAAACGACCCUGCUCCUAUUUCUGAUCAUUACUCAUCAACUAUGGUUUAGCUGGUACAAGUUAUGAUGCAAAAAGAGCCUGAUAUGAGGCCAGACAUAAAUUAAAUUAUUUCUAUUCAAGAAAUUUAAAACUAAUUUAAAAAAUUGAAAGAAUAAUAUCCUGAAGUUUAUAAGGAUUAUUAAUUUCCUAAUCCAAAAAAAUACACAGGUUUUCUUAGAAUAAAAUAGAAGCCUACACUUUCUUUUAUUCCAAAUGAAAAGAAAACUCUGUUUGUAAUUGGAGAGAGAAUAGAAAGUGGUUAAUCCUAACCUCAAUCUAAUGAAGAUGAAUUAAGUAACUCAAUAAUAUCAUCUGAUUCUAGCUUUUAAUAAUAAAAUUAGCAGCAACCUAAUUCAGCUUCUACUUCAUCACCUGAAAAAAUUCAACCAAAAUCAUUAACUUAAGAUUCUACUUAAUAGGCAUAAAAAAAUUACAAUUUAAGUAGUCCGUAAAUUUAAUAAGAGGCUUAAUCAAGUAAAAAAUAAUCUAUAGACGGCUAGUUCAUUAAUAACAAUUAGUCUGAAAGUAUCAAGGAAUAAUCCCGCUCAGUUGAGUCGCAAAUUUUCUAAUAAAAUUAAAAAAGUUAAAAUGCAGGGACAAUUAUAAACUAAAUGUAAUUUUGUUAAGUUUAAUAAGACCAAAUUAAUAACAACAGCUUCAUGAUUUAAAUGUAAUAAAACUAAAAACCCUUUAUGACUCAAGAAGAAACAUUUGGAAUGAAUAAACCGAUAGAAGAUUAUGUUUUAUAAUAUCCUCAUCAUUAAUAACAGUAAUAAGUUAUUUAAAAUAUGUAGUCUCCCUAAUAUUAAAUGCCCUUUUAAAGCCAUCCGAUAAAUAAAAAUAGUAUUGGGAACCCUAUUUAUCGUUAUGUUUAGCAACCAAUCUAGCAAUAAUAAAUGACAAAUUUUUAAUUUUAAUAGCAGCACACUCCUUCCUAUUCUACAUAAAAUUAAUACUACGACUUUUUUAUAGGAAAUGCUACAUCAAGUACUCAAAGUGAAAAUGUUUCUCCUAUAAAUAAUAACAAUAACAACCAUCCUAUUCUCUCUCAAUAAAUGUCUUUAUAGCAUAAUCAUCUAUCUUAAAGUCAAUUCGGAUACUAAUCUGGGUAUGUAGCGAGUGGAACAAAUUCGAAUAAUAGUUCUAUGGUUAUGGAUUUAAGAUCACCUAAUACUUAAAAUUCAAUGCCUUAACAAAUAAUGUCUGAAAUGAGCUCUCCAAUUAACAUGCCUUUCUCUCCUAUGAACUAAUAUGAGCAUAUGCCUAAUCACUACUAAUAACCUUAUCCACCAUACUCUCAAAACAAUAAUUCAAUACAACAGUUUACUCCAAAUAAUCAAUAACAGCUAAAAAAAUAACCUAUGAAAAUACCUAGAUAUAAGCCUCCUAUUGUAAUCGACACAACUUAUGGAGGAAACUUUUCAUAAAAAAAAUCUACUCCUAAUUCUGAUAUUCAAGGACGAGAAAGCGGAUUGGGUAGUGGUAGAAGUGGACACAGUGCUCAAAGUUCUUAGCAAAAUUCUUCAUUGUCUAGCAUCAUGAUGAUGAUGAUGAUGGAUGGUGAAAACAACAAUAACUAAGGAUAGUCAACUUCUAUGUAUGGAAGUAGUUAUAAUAAUAGCGGUUCAAGCAAUACAACAAGUAACUAGUCAUCCACAAAAAAUAACUCCACUAAAAACUAACAUUGUUAAAAUAUAUCUCAACAAUAAUAAUAUGCACACAGCCUACCUACUACCAAAGUGAAACCAAAAUACUUCAACUUCCCACAAUCUCCAAAUAGGACAAUUCUUGUAUCUGAUUAUCUCAAAUAAAAAUUAGGAGAAGAGAAAUUUCUUAAAAUGAAAAGUAUUUUAGAUAAUUCUUCCAACCCAUAAGAAUUACUUGAAAAUAAUCCUUAAGUGAUCGCAAUUAUAGGAGAAGAAAACAUGGAACUUGCAAAAGUGUUUAGAUAUUUAAUUAAUUCCCAAAGAACUCCUUCAGGAAGUAACCACCUUCGUCACAAAUCUUUUUAAGGUUUUGAAAAUCCUUUUCCUAAUUCAGACCAAAUAAACAAAAUAUAAAAUAUAAAUAUAUCAUAAUCUCUUCUUCUAUCACAAAACAUGCAGUAAUAGCAACCAUAAUAAACAUAAAACCCUUCUCAUAAUUAAAACGUAGCCAUCUGA